AUGAUUAAUGUUCUUGCAAUCUUUCCUGAUGAUUUCUCCAAUACCUCGACUUACUACACUUACACAAAUUUCGGCAGAUUUCAAAUUGAAGAAUUGAUUUGGAACAAAAAUGAUGCCGUUAUUUUUCCAGAUCGAUUGAAAAAUCUUCAAGGCCUGACACUGCCUAUUGUUUUCGGAGGCACAUCACCAGGAUUGAUUGUUUCAAAAACCGUCGAUACUAACGGCAAAAGGAAGAUUGGUGGUUUUAUAUGGCAUGUUUUUCAUGCAUUUGCUGACAGACACAAUGCCAAAUUGAAUUCUUCGAAUAUUUCGAUAGAAAUUUCGCCAUUUAACUGUCACCAAUUAGUUCUAAAUGGAACAUAUGACAUUUCAGGAGCUGAUCCUAAUAUCUUACAACCACCAGUUCAAUGGGCAACAUAUCCACACACGAUAUUGAUAUGGGGUGUAAUACUGCCCAUAGAAUUAACAAUACCAAUUUAUAAAGUUUUUGCUAUUGUUUUCAAUUGGGAAACCUUUUUGAUAACAAUCGGACUUAUUAUAUUGUUGUCUAUAUUACUUGGAAUGGCUGCAAGUUUUUCAGGAUCAUCUCAAAAUCGUCCCUUCUUCAGUUUUAGUUUCUUCUUCAAUAUCGAUUUUUUCCAUUUUUUACUUGGACAGUCAUUCACUGAAUCACCAAGAGCUUCUUACACAACAAAAAUCAUCUAUUCGUUGGUAUUUUUCUUCGGAAUAAUGAUUGUGACUUUGUACGAUGCAUUUUUGCAGUCUCUCAUGACCGAACCUCCUAAGGAACAUUUUAUAAGAACCUUUGACGACCUCCGAACUGCAGGAUUACAAAUUUCUUCACCCAAAACAUAUAUUGAUAAUUAUUUGCGGAAAUUAUAUCCGGAAUUUUUGGAAAAAAACGAAGACGUAUUGGAAAUUGAUCCCAUCUAUGAUCCGGAUUAUGACCUCAGCUCUGAACACCACCACCAUCAACCAUCGCCAUCACCAUUCACCAUCGCCGCCGUUUGCCAUUGCGCCAUCACCAUCGUCAUGGCCAAAAGCGCCACAUGCAACUUUGAACUGUUGGCUGUGUGGCUCUGGCUCGUGUGCAUGCAACCCAACCAAAUUGCGAGAAGCACAUUCAUAUUCUAUGGAGAAAGAGAGAUGGGUCAGGAUUUUGUUGUACCGAGAAUAUUUAUCAAAUUCCUAGUUCCAGGCUUUUCGAGACUGACUGCUGCUGCUGCUGUUGGGGGUUCUGUGUCCUAA